AUGGCCAUGGCCAGGAACACAAAAUUUCAGAUAGCCAUGUACCCAUGGUUUGCUUUUGGUCAUCUGACUCCUUACCUCCAUCUCUCCAACGAGCUUGCUGAGAGGGGCCACAAGAUCACCUUCAUUUUGCCCGAAAAGACUCAAUCCCAGCUACAGCACCUGAAUCUUCAUCCUACUCUCAUCACUUUCCAUCCCCUCACCAUCCCCCAUGUUGAUGGCCUCCCUCCCGGAGCUGAAACUGCUUCCGACGUGCCCUUUUUCUCUCAUCACCUUCUCGCCACCGCCAUGGACCGCACCUCUGACCAAGUUGAAGCAGCCCUACGUGCCUUGAAGCCAGACUUUUUUUUCUUUGAUUUUCCCUAUUGGGCUCCGGCUUUGGCUUCCAAGCUAGGCAUCAAGUCGAUAUACUACAGCGCAGUUUGUGCAUCGGCCGUUGCCCACCACCCUCCCCCUGGUCGACAAGUUAGCAAAGACAGUACUCUGACUACAGAUGUGCCCCCGCCUGGUUACCCCUCCCCAACGGUGGUGCUCCGCUCCCAUGAAGCUUGGAUGGUGCAAUUCCUGUUUGCACCAUUCGGGGAAGGCGUCAACUUGUACCAACGCCUCACAACCGGCAUGAAAGGCUGCGAUGCCAUCUCUAUAAGAACAUGUCAAGAAAUCGAAGGACCCUUCUGUGACUACCUUGCAAGCCAGUAUGGAAAACCAGUGCUCCUAACAGGCCCCGUAUUGCCCAAACCUUUACCCACGCCAUUAGAGGACCGGUGGGCUCAGUGGCUGGGUGGGUUCAAGCCUGGUUCAGUAAUAUUCUGUGCAUUUGGAAGCCAAAAUUUCCCGGGAAAGGACCAGUUCCAAGAACUGCUCCUGGGGUUAGAGCUAACAGGCCUGCCAUUCCUAGUGGCUCUAAAACCACCGACAGGAGCUGCAACCAUUGAAGAGGCCUUACCGGAGGGGUUCCAAGAGAGGGUUGGAGGGAGAGGAGUGGUUCAUGGAGGGUGGGUGCCGCAGCCGUCAAUAUUGAGCCACCCAUCAGUGGGGUGUUUUGUGAGCCACUGUGGCUUUGGAUCAAUGUGGGAGUCCUUGACCAGUGACCCCCAAAUAGUGCUGGUACCGGAACUCCCUGACCAAAUAUUGAACACUAGGCUAUUGGCGGAAGUGCUAAAAGUUGCAGUGGAGAUUGAUAAGGAACAAAAUGGGUGGUUUUCAAAGGAGAGCUUGUGCAGAGCCAUCAGAUCAGUGAUGGAUGAAGAGAGUGAGGUGGGUGGUUUAGUGAGGAAGAAUCAUGCUAAGUGGAAGAAGACCUUGACAGGCCAGGGCUUUAUGAGCAAUUACAUAGAUAAUUUUGUCCAGCAACUGCAACAACUUUUGGAUAAAAAAUGAUCAAUCGCCGGAGAUCUUUCUUGAUUUAAAAGAAAUAUUGUUGCAGAAAAGUAUGUUUCUGAAGUAGAAAUAUA